AUGUCUCUGAACGAAGUCUGGGAGGCAGCCUCUGCAACUCCUUUCAUCCCUCUCAUUCCCAAGGACAACCAGUUCUCCGUCGGCUUCAACCUGCUCUUCCUUGCAUUGGUUACGGGCACCCUAUUUGGCUUGAAUCGGUCUUUCCCCGGCAUCGUUUCCUUGGGGCUCCCAGCCGCACUGGCAUCUGGUUUUGGAGCUGUGUUCAUGAUCUGUGCCGCCGGAGUCUACGUCUAA